AUCUGUAGUGUUUGGUUUGUCCUUUGGUUUGCCAGGCUACCGGGUUCACUGUCCUGCAGACAUCUGUAUUCCUCCUGUUUCUGUCUGCAAACGCCCUCCGACAGCAAAAAUGGAAGCCGUCAAAAAGAAGAUGCUUAUGCUGAAGCUGGACAAGGAGAAUGCACUGGACCGGGCUGAACAAGCAGAGGCGGACAAGAAAGCAGCCGAGGAGAGGAGCAAACAGCACGAAGAUGAACUCCUGCAGAUGCAAAAGAAGCUCAAGGGGACGGAGGAUGAACUGGAUAAAUACUCUGAAGCUCUUAAGGAUGCUCAGGAAAAGCUGGAGGUUGCAGACAAAAAGGCUGCUGAUGCAGAGGCAGAAGUGGCCUCCCUGAACAGACGCAUCCAGCUUGUGGAGGAGGAGCUGGACCGAGCUCAGGAGAGACUGGCAACAGCGCUGCAGAAACUGGAAGAAGCUGAGAAGGCAGCUGAUGAGAGCGAGAGAGGAAUGAAGGUGAUUGAGAACAGGGCCCUAAAAGAUGAAGAGAAGAUGGAACUCCAGGAGAUCCAGCUGAAAGAAGCCAAGCACAUCGCAGAAGAAGCUGAUCGCAAAUAUGAAGAGGUGGCUCGCAAGCUGGUGAUUGUAGAAGGAGAGCUGGAACGGACAGAGGAGAGGGCAGAACUGGCUGAGGCUAAAUGUGCUGAGCUGGAGGAGGAGCUGAAGAAUGUCACCAACAACCUCAAGUCUUUGGAGGCACAAGCUGAAAAGUACUCUCAAAAGGAGGACAAGUAUGAGGAAGAAAUCAAGAUUCUAACUGACAAGCUGAAAGAGGCUGAGACGAGAGCUGAGUUUGCUGAGAGAUCUGUAGCCAAGUUGGAGAAGACUAUUGAUGAUCUGGAAGAUGAGCUUUAUGCUCAGAAACUCAAGUAUAAGGCCAUCAGUGAAGAGCUGGACCACGCUCUCAAUGAUAUGACCUCCAUCUAAAUGCCCAGAAUCUCAACCCUGAGCAGCUCUGGAUCUUCCUUCUCCUGCCUCCUCUUCCUCAUCACUGUGUUGCUGCUAAAAACGGCUCUCUGUUGAGAUGAAAAUAAAAGAAUUUAAAUUAUUAUAAUUUAAGCAGAAUGUUUGUGUCUGAUUGGACAUGAGACUGGCAUCUCUGUUUUUAUUUGGAUUUUAAUUUUAAAAUGGUACGUCAAAAAAUUAUUUAUACACCUCUCAAUAAUUGAUGGGACAUUUGUAUUGGUAUUACAGCAAAUAAACCCGUUUUAUACUUGCUGCUCAGCUCUUUGUGUAUUACCUCUGGCAUCGUGAUAAUCUCUCUUUGCUGAUGAGCUCCAAGUCUUUGAGGCUGGAAGGCUUAUCUUUAAUUCUCUCUAGUUGAGACUCAUUUUCCCUCAACUUUAAAUAAGUUAGACAUACUUUGCCUUUGCAAUCUACUUAUUUAUUCCCAAAAUAAAGUUCUCCCAGGAUGA